AUGUCUCGUCAAACGCCGACGGCGCAUUUCCACAAAUCCAAAACUCUCGACAACAAAUAUAUGCUUGGAGAUGAAAUUGGGAAAGGAGCAUAUGGUCGAGUUUACAAAGGGUUGGAUUUGGAGAAUGGAGACUUUGUUGCUAUCAAACAAGUAUCGUUGGAGAAUAUUGCUCAGGAGGAUCUCAAUAUCAUUAUGCAAGAGAUUGAUUUAUUGAAGAAUUUAAACCACAAAAACAUUGUGAAGUACCUUGGGUCGUUGAAGACAAAGUCGCAUCUUCACAUAAUUCUUGAGUAUGUGGAGAAUGGUUCCCUUGCAAAUAUCAUUAAGCCGAAUAAAUUUGGUCCAUUUCCGGAGUCUUUGGUUACUGUUUAUAUUGCACAGGUUCUGGAAGGGUUAGUUUAUCUUCAUGAACAAGGUGUCAUCCAUCGGGAUAUCAAAGGUGCAAACAUAUUAACCACUAAGGAGGGACUUGUGAAACUUGCUGAUUUUGGUGUGGCAACAAAGUUGACCGAGGCUGAUGUUAAUACACAUUCAGUUGUUGGAACACCAUACUGGAUGGCCCCCGAGGUUAUUGAAAUGUCUGGGGUUUGUGCAGCUUCAGACAUUUGGAGCGUUGGUUGUACUGUGAUCGAACUUCUUACUUGUGUGCCUCCCUACUAUGAUUUGCAGCCCAUGCCUGCUCUGUUUCGUAUUGUACAGGAUGACAAUCCCCCAAUACCUGAUAGUCUAUCUCCUGACAUCACGGAUUUCCUACGCCAAUGCUUCAAGAAGGAUGCUAGGCAGAGACCUGAUGCAAAAACUUUGCUUUCUCAUCCUUGGAUACUGAAUUCAAGGCGUGCUUUGAACUCUUUACGUCAUAACCCUUCCAUAAGGAAUAUCCAGGAGGGUGCUGAAAAUGGAGAUAUUGAGGUCCUUGAUGAAGAUCGGUCUACUGAGAAGGCAGAAGCUGGCAUCACUAACUCUGAAACUGGCACUAAGACUGAUUUGUCUGCGGAAAUGACCGAUGUAGUCAGGUCAGAUAAGAAUCUGGCCACAGCCUUUGAUGUUGGAGAUGAAAAAAUUGGCGAACUCCAAGAUGGCAUUGAUUCAGAUCAGGUUCCCACAUUAACUAUUCGUGAAAGCUUGUGUCCACAACUACAUUCUGAUAGGGGAUCUGAGCACAAUGGAGUAGCUAGCAAUGCUCCUCAAGGCUCAACAGACAUGCGUGACCAUGAUGAUGUGCUGGUGAAUGGUAAUGUGGAAUUCCCUGACACAAGAAGGACAAAUGCGGAUAAGAAGAUCGGAAGGAAAGGGAAUGCUGGCCUAAAUGAGGGUAAAUCAUUUGGUUUUCUAUCGAGAAGUCCAGAUAAUGGGGCACAAAAGGCUGUAAAAGGAUCUGUGACUUUGGGUGGGAAUGAGCUUAGUAGGUUUAGUGACACUCCAGGAGAUGCUUCUCUAGAUGAUUUAUUUCAUCCCCUUGAUAAAACUCCUGGGGAUAGGACUGGUGAAGCUUCAACCUCUGCAUCAACAUCACAUAUGAACCAAGACGGGACACCUGCUGCUGAUGCUGGGAAACAUGACCUAGCUACAAAGUUGAGGGCUACUAUUGCGCAGAAACAAAUGGAGAAUGAAGCAGGGAAGUCCAGUGAUGGUGGUGACCUCUUUCGCGUCAUGAUGGGUGUUUUGAAGGAUGAUGUGAUAGAUUUUGACGGUUUGGGUUUUGAUGAGAAACUGCCAGCAGAAAAUCUUUUUCCUUUACAGGUUGUUGAGUUUAGUCGAUUAGUGGGGUCAUUAAGACCUGAGGAGCCGGAAGAGGUUAUUGCUUCUGCCUGCCAGAAACUUGUUGGCAUCUUUCAUCAGCGCUCAGAGCAAAAGCUAGUUUUCAUCACUCAACAUGGGUUGCUUCCUCUGAUGGAAUUACUUGAAGUACCCAAGACCCGUGUUAUAUGUUCUGUCCUUCAACUUAUCAACCAAAUCGUGAAAGAUAAUACUGAUUUCCAGGAAAACGCUUGUCUUGUUGGUUUGAUACCUGUGGUUAUGAGCUUUUCGGGACCUGAUCGUCCCCGGGAGGUCCGGAUGGAGGCAGCUUAUUUCUUACAGCAGCUUUGUCAAUCAAGCUUUUUGACGCUACAAAUGUUUAUUGCUUGCCGUGGAAUACCUGUAUUGGUGGGCUUUCUAGAAGCUGAUUAUGCAAAGUUCAGGGAAAUGGUUCACCUAGCUAUCGAUGGCAUGUGGCAGGUCUUUAAGCUGCAGAGGUCCACUCCUAGAAAUGAUUUCUGCCGUAUAGCUGCAAAGAAUGGAAUUUUGUUGAGGCUUAUCAACACUCUUUAUAGCCUGAAUGAGGCAACUAGGCUUGCUACCAUAUCCGGUGGAACUGGCAUUUCAUCAGACGGUUCAGCUCCCCGACCACGCUCUGGCCAAUUGGACUCUAGUCAUCCUGUUUUCGUACAAAGUGAAGCAUCGUUUCCUGCACCUGAUCUGCCUGAUGGCAUUAAGAGUAGGCAUGGAAUGUUUGAUCAUCCCUCAUCGUCUGGCAUGCUAGAACCAUCACGUGCUUCAACUUCUUUUUCUCAAAGAUCAGAUGCAAUACAGUCAGAAACUAGAUACUCUAAUACUGAUGCUGACAGACCACAAAUGAGCAACUUAGUUUUGGAUCAUUCAGCUGCAUCAAAAUUGCCCGAAGCUGAUAAAGCUGUGAAUGUACCAUCCGUGAAAGAAACUUCAGCUGCUGUUGCCAAGGAGCGAGAUAGUUUGGAGCGGUGGAAAGCAGCAGAUGGCUCUAGAUCUGAAGCAGACAGUAGGCAACGACUUUCUGUGUCCACUAACAGAAUCUCUGCUGAUAGGCCACCGAAGUUGCUAGACAGUGCAUCAAAUGGUAUUCCAACUACAGCACCUUUUCAGCAAGAGCAAGUUCGACCGCUUCUAAGUUUGUUAGAGAAGGAACCUCCUUCCCGGUUGUCUGGUCAGUUGGAGUAUGUACGUCACCUCUCAGGAUUGGAGAGACAUGAAAGUAUACUGCCACUACUUCAUGCAUCUAAUGAGAAGAAGACUAACGGCGAACUGGAUUUUUUGAUGUCAGAAUUUGCAGAGGUAUCUGGGAGAGGAAAAGAAAAUGACAAUCUAGAGUCCGCACCUAGAAUUUCUCAAAGGACACCGAGUAAGAAAAAUAGCCCACUAUUUUCUACUGAUGGUGCUGCUUCCACGUCUGGUGUUGCUUCUCAAACUGCAUCCGGUGUACUUUCUGGUUCCGGUGUGCUGAAUGCUAGACCAGGGAGUGCCACAUCAUCAGGACUACUUUCCCACAUGGUGUCGACAAUGAACGCAGAUGUUGCCAGGGAGUACCUUGAAAAGGUGGCUGACCUUCUGCUUGAGUUUGCUCAAGCUGACACAACAGUAAAAUCUUAUAUGUGCAGCCAAAGUCUGCUUAGCCGUCUCUUCCAGAUGUUUAACAGAAUUGAGCCCCCUAUUCUCUUAAAGAUCCUCAAGUGCAUCAACAACCUGUCUUGUGAUCCCAACUGCUUAGAGAACCUUCAGCGGGCAGAUGCAAUUAAGUUCUUGAUCCCGAACCUUGAACUGAAGGAUGGGCCUCUUGUAGGUCAAAUUCAUGAUGAGGUCCUUCAUGCUCUCUUUAAUCUGUGUAAGAUAAACAAGAGGAGACAGGAGCAAGCUGCUGAAAACGGAAUAAUUCCUCACCUGAUGAAUUUUAUAAUGCAAGGAUCUCGCUUAAAACAGUAUGCAUUGCCUCUACUAUGCGAUAUGGCUCAUGCAUCCCGGAAUUCCAGAGAGCAAUUAAGGGCCCAUGGUGGAUUGGAUGUGUAUUUGAGCCUGCUGGAUGAUGCAUCAUGGUCUGUGACAGCAUUGGACUCAAUUGCUGUUUGUUUGGCUCAUGACAAUGACAACCGCAAAGUGGAGCAAGCCUUGCUGAAAAAGGAUGCAGUUCACAAACUAGUCAAGUUUUUCCAGAGCUGCCCUGAGCAACAGUUUGUGCAUAUCCUCGAGCCUUUCUUGAAAAUCAUCACGAAAUCAUCGCGUAUAAAUACUACGCUUGCUGUUAAUGGUUUGACACCAUUGCUCAUUGCAAGGCUGGACCAUCAGGAUGCCAUAGCUCGUCUCAACUUGCUUAAACUGAUAAAGGCUGUAUACGAGCAUCACCCUCGGCCAAAGCAAUUGAUUGUUGAGAAUGAUUUGCCUCAGAAGCUUCAGAACUUGAUUGAGGAACGACGAGACGGUCAAAGCUCCGGUGGUCAAGUAUUGGUAAAACAAAUGGCUACUUCACUGCUUAAAGCUCUACAUAUCAACACGGUUUUGUAA